ACGAAGCGUAACAAAGAUAUAUGUUGCGGAGAAGAAAAAAAAAGACUAAAAUGGAGAAAUAAACUCGUAAACAACCAAUUAUCGUACGAAAUAAUUGAUUUUAAGCUGUAAAAGUGGAUCUCAUAUUAGAAUUUCGCAUGAGAAACACAAUAUUGUUGAUCAAACAUUUUAAAAUUGUGAAAUGAAAAUAAAAAAAUCGUGAAUCGACAAAUGUUGUAUAUUUUGAGCCAAAGUGAAUAAGAUUACGCGCUAAUACAAGUGCUGUGUAGAAAGAGUGAAAGAGAGAGAGAGAGUGAGUGAAAAUCACCUAGCUAAGCAGAAUUGUUUGUGCAUAUUUUAAAAGGCGCACUUCCAUUUUUAAUUGUGAUUUUAUUUUAAUACAGUGCAGAGUGUAUAAUAGCGUUGAGUUUGUCAUUAGUUAUUUCAAUAUAUGAAUUCAAAAGGUUAUAAAUUGUAAAUUGGAAAGAAAGAAUCGAAAAGUAAAAUUCAAUAUGGAACAUAGUUAUUCAAAAGACGUACACCCAAAAGGAAACGUUGAAGUAAUGGCUACACGAUCAAUUCUUAUUCCACGUCCACCACAAUGCCCAUCAUGCUACCAACACACAACCAACGAUGAUAUUUUAGCAAAAAUGGAAAAUCAUCAAUCGGAUCCGUAUUUUGAUCAACUCCCGCCGGCUAUCAACGAUAACAUUGCAAAAAUGGCAAUGGAAGAAACCGAACGACUAACAAAAAAUGUGAAAAAUACCAAUGCUGACGACGACGAUUGGGAUUUAAAAGUGAACAAAAUUGGAUGGUCAAAGCAACAGUUACAAUUGUAUCGUCAAGUCUCAAGUAUUCUGGAUUAUGAUCAAUUGUCAAGAUUGGCGGUGAGCGGACGACCAAAUGAAGGCAUUAUUCGGCGAUGCAGCAUAGACAAAUCAGUGGCACGAAUGCGUUUGGUACUUGCAUCCGUUCAUUGGAAUACAGAUUUAACACAAUGGCUGAAUUUAAUUAUGUUUACCUACCUACCGCCAACUUAUAUGGCAUCAUAUUUGGAUAUUUUGCAAUCGUUAAGAGUGAAAGUGCCGACACUUGUGGAUAAAAUGUUAGCCGGUCGACCGGCAUCAUUCAAUCAAGACUAUUUACAAGCGAUUACGAAACGACCUUGGGGCGCAAAUGUACCGACAAAAUCACGAAAAUUACCCGGCCAAUCACCGAUUAUUGUCAUAAUUCCGGCAACAUUAAACAGCACCACACAACAACCAUCACCACGAAUGAAACGUUGGUUUUCACUUUUGGGAACAAUGGCAAGCACGGCACCAAUUCAACACCCAGUACGGCCAUCACAGUCUUUAGAGAGUAUUACCGAACAAUUAAUAGCAAUAACACGUUCAAAAAUUCAAGAUUUACGCAACGAAAUGCCGAAUCGCCACAUCAUCUUGGUUGGCAUUAAUACCGGCGCUGCGAUUGCAUUGCAAGUCGCUCUCGUUGAAAAUGUAUCGUCGAUUGUAUGCAUGGGUUUUGCCUAUAAUACGGUGAAAGGUCAACGUGGAGCACCAGACGAUAAAAUUCUUGAGAUUACAACGCCUGUUCUAUUCAUUUUGGGUGAAAAUUCGGCGAGGUCGAGUCAAGAGGAGAUCGAGUCAUUGCGUGAAAAAAUGUCAGCUCAAACAUCGUUAGUUGUUGUUGGAUCAGCAGACGAUGCGCUUCGGAUCAAUAAGUUUAAUCGGCAUUUGGAAGGCGUUACUCAAUCGAUGGUCGACAAUAUGAUUGCCGAUGAAAUUCAAGAUUUUGUGUCAACGUGCAUCAUAAAUCCACCCGGUCCACGUAAGAUUAUAAAUCAUUUGCUUAAACGAUCGAUUGGAACGUCGUCGACGAAAAAGCAUGAUUCUACAAAGAAACGUAAACACAAAAUCAACAAUAAGGCUGACAAAGGUCCACCGCGUAAGGUGGGCCGUCCUCGUUUGAUUCGAGCAAAUGAAAUCCCAUCAGAAAAACCAAAAUCAUCGCAGGCUCUUUUGAAACAAAGCAAUGAAAACCUUAAGAUGAACGUUCAAAAUAUUGUUCCUACAAAUGAAGUGCCUACGAUAUUGAACAAUGAAGUUGUAACCGUUGCCACGAGUAGUGAACCAUCAACAAAUAAAACUAUUGCUACCGCUCCUAACGCGAUUGCUUCACCUAUACUCGACAAUGGUAUUAAUUUGAAUGUUAGCAACACUCAGGAGGUGACAACGAGUGAAAACAGCCAAAGUACGGACGUUAAAAUUUCUUUAGCAAGUGUUGUAUUGCCCACAUCCACCGUAUCUACAAUUACGCCAUCUACACCACCAAAGGUCAUUCAACCGACCAUACAACCGGUCGGCCAAUUUGUUCAGGUGAAACCGCCGACAACCACAUCAGGCCGUGUUCAGUCACCGAAUGUCAAGAAUUUCUUUAUUCGUAAGGGCAUUGAAAAGCAGCCACAAAAUCAAAUUGUUACAUCUUCAGCUGGCACAUACAUAACGUCAGCAGUCACAUCGCCCCAAAUGUCCAUCAAUCCAUUGCCGUCAAAUAAAAAAAUUAUUAUAAAAAGUCAACAAAUAAUUGUACCAGCCCACAAUGCAAAACCAAAUCCAUCUGCUCAAAUCAUUCAAGUGUCCGGUCAAUCGCAAGCAUUACAAACAAACCUUCCCACUUCACACGUAUCAAUUCCAAUAAAUGCAAAUGUCCUUGAAACAUCCGCAUCUUCGUCGGGCGAUUUAUCCGGAAUUCUUGAUUUACCAAUUCUAUUUGCAGACAAUAAUGAUACGCCGGUAAUUGAUCAAACCGCACAAAUUCUCAACACAUCUAGUGGUUCAUCGUCAAACAUUUUAUUGAACACAUCGACUGAUCGAACGGCAUCGAUGUCAUCGCCACAAAAUAUUUUCAUUACGACCGCUGACGGUAAAUCUGUCAUACCAAAUAGGCCACUGGUUAUAACGACAGCUAAAGUAUCAAAACCAACGCUACAAUCAACUGUUGCCACAGCUCCAUCGACCAAUAAAGUGAUUUUCAUCAAUCGUGGUCUAAAACAACAAAUCGUCGGGUCUCAAUCAAUGCCAAUUGGUGUCAAAGGACUACAAACCCUCAAACUAGUUCCAACUUCAAUGGGAACAUCAACGCAAUCAACAUCAAUUACAUUGCAAGGCAAUCAAAUCACAAAGCUACCGGGCAAUAAAAUCAAUUUAUCCACAUUGAAAUUGGUGAAAAAUCCGUCAAACGUCACCGGUAACAUUGUCAAACCGUUGAUACUAAACAAGGCAGUGUCCGGAGCGAACAAUAUUGUUAUUAAAUCACCAAUGGGUGGAAAUGUCAAAACGCAUCCUGCCGUCAUUAAGGCAAAUGUGCUCAAUCGAAAUAUUACCGUAAAGAAAGUGAUGAAUGUGAUUCCAGGUGUUAAGCCCAUUUCAAGUCCGCCGCCAAUUUCAACAAUUACAAGCUCACCGGUUACAAUUUCAUCAGUCGCUACUUCACCAAUUGUCACUUUACCAAUUGCAAGUUCGCCGAUUGCAAGUUCGCCGAUUGCAAGUUCGCCGAUUACAAGUUCACCGAUUGCCAGUUCACCGAUUGCAACCUCUUCAAUUGCCGCAGUAUCAUCCAUCAAUUCAUCACCUACCGCACAAUCGAAUACGGGCACAGUUUCUUUUGUGCAUACAUCUCUCGUGGUCACACCAUCGACGUCAACAACAAAAACUACAACUAGGAAAACAAGGAGUUCUAGUUGAAUUCUUCUGAUCAUUCGUACAUCGAAAAUCGCUUGGUUCUUUUCAUCGGUGAACAUUUCAUUUAAACAUUAUGAUUUUAUUGAUUGUAUAUUAUCAUAGCCAUUUCUUGGCUAUUUAUAAUUCUGAAGGUUUUUUUACUUAUAAAAAUUUAAAUGUAGUCAUUCAGUUGCAAGAAGGAAGUUAACAUAAAUAAAAUAAAACAAAUCAAUCGAUGGUUUAAUCUGCACAUAA